AUGUUANACGAAAACCAUGUCAUACGGCCUGACGUUCUUCACAACAUUGAUCCCAUUCGUAAAUUUGCAGCCAUUCGUGUCGGGAACUACAAGUUGAUUAUUAACCAGGAUGCUGUUUACAAAACAACGUGGCAUCCGCGGUAUGACGUCGAGGGGGAACUGGAUACUCUACCCCAGCCCUCCACUUUACCCGGUGCAGUUAUUAAUUGCGGAAAGUGGUCAAAAAGGAAAGAAACUGUUUGUAACACUGAUGACUUUCCGUGUUUGUUUAACAUAAAGAAAGAUCCUUGCGAGUACAGAAACCUUGCGCACACUCAUAUUGACAUUGUGGACCAACUUCUUCACAAGCUCAUUGAUUACCAAAAAAAGGCCAGUCCCGUGUGGUUCCCUGAGAGGGACCCCCUUGCGAACCCAUCAAAAAACGGGACCAUUGGAUUUUGGGGCCCUUGGAGGUCGUCAACAGCUAACAAAAUUAUUUUAGAUAACGUCCUUGAUUCCAUACCAUCAGUGAGUGGGAAGAAACACUCUCGUCACACAAACGGCAAAAGCAAUGGGAAGAAAAUGGGAAAAGUGUUUAGCACUCACGAAGAUAGUGACAAAGAGGUUUAUCUGAUGCUGGAGAAGAUUCUCCAAAAGACAAAAGAAGGCAAAAAAGGUCAAAUACCUCGAAACAGCAGGCUAAUGAAAGAAUCGUUAGCUAUGUUGUACGCCAAGAUGAGACAAAAGACCAAGGUGGAUGAUUUGAUGCAUAAACUGCAGAUGAUUAAAAAAGGUCGAGUAGCAAGGAGAAAAGAGCAUACUCCUGUAAAACUUGUCAAGGAACAAACUCGCUCUAGCGCCUUGACCAAGAUGAACUCUUCUUUGGAAUCAAGCAAACUGAAAAAGUUCAUGAAUAAAAAUCAACAAACGGUAGACAAAACAGGGACAAGGCGGACAGAGAUUGAGAAAGUUCAUAUUACAGAUGACAACUCUAUAAAUAAUGGAGUUGACAACCCCUUGGAAAUGCGCAGCAAUUCAAGAGAUGAGGACCAAGAUAUGGAUGAGGCGCCUCCUUUGGACACAAGCUCAGGUUUUGAGGAAGUUGAUCAAAAUGAUCUCGAGAAUGGUGAGCUUAUGGCAGAUAACAGUGAAAAUGACAGAAAUUCAUACGCACAAAUAGAGGAUGAAUAUGAUUCUGAGGUGGAAUCUUCGGGUCAGUCCACGGAGACAAACGAUCAAACAUCAGGGGGGAAAUCUGAGAUGGAAUUUCAGGACAGCGAUGGCAUUAGCGAUGACAUGGAUAACGAUAAUGAUAAUGAUAAUGACGAUGAUAAUGACGAUGAUAAUGCUAAUGAUAAUGGUAAUGAUGAUUUUAUCCGGGACAAUAAUAAAAACUCUGACAUUUACCUUUAAUAUAAUUUUUAGAAGCUAAAAAACUUACCUAGAUCAUAACAAACCUGAUAUUAACGAGGUUAUUUGUAUAAGAGUAAUCUAAUAUAUAACAGGGGCUGUUUAGAAGUCAAUAAGGCUACAGAUUGUCAGGAUAGAUUUGGUGUGCCGUAAGGAGAAGAUUAGAAAGUUAUUUUAUCGUAAGAACUGCUUUUUCACUGGUAAUAAACUCAACAGUUUUAAUCGGUCGUAUACCAUUGAUACAGGUAUUCCGAAAUCUCGCUCGCCGUGUGCUGUCUCUAAAUUUAUUACUGUUCACUUUGCUAGCAUUGCGAUGAGUUUGCAAAGCUUGUUCAAAUUUUAGUGCUUCAAAAGGUACUUUCUACGAAAAUUUACGAGUAUUUCAGAGAUAUCAGUCAGAGGCAUAGCGCCUUGAUAAGGCUUUCACUGGUUUCGAGUUUUUGACGUUUAAAAUUGAGAGAUUUUUCUUUCUUUCUCAUUUCCAGUUCCCCAGCCCCCUAUCUUCUACACACGCUGAUUACAUCAGCCUAGACCUCAGGCUUUACUCCAGGGUGGCGAGUGAGAGACACUGUCUUACUAAAACUAGGGAUUCGUACUCCCCCUUGAUCUAGAGUCAAACGCACUAUUCAUUUAGCCGCUCCAGUAGUAACAUGAAGAC